AUGUCUUCUGAUAACGAAUCUUUGGGUGAAAAUGAAGUUGGGGAACGAACUGAACAACACUCUGGAUCAGAAAGUGUUAAUAACAUAGAGGAAGAAAGGAAUGACGAUGAGAAUCAAGUUGAAGAUAACCAGCAAAAUGAAAGUAAAAAAGAUGAUGAUGAAGCCAAGAAAAAAGAAGUUAAGCCCAAAAGAAAACUAUUAAAUCCGCAGCCUAAAUUUGAUAUACAAACUAUAAGGAGUUCUAAAGGUUUGCCAGCCAUUUCUGGACACUUCAAAGACAUAAAAUAUAAGGGAAAGGGACAUGAAGAACAUGAUUUAAAUAUAUUAAUGAAAACCUAUGAGUAUUGGUGUCAUAGGUUUUAUCCUAAAUUUACUUUUGAUGAUGCUAUUGCAAGAUUUGAAUGGCUUGGUAACAAAAAAGCAACUCAAGUGUAUUUAAGAAAAAUCAGAAUGGGAUUAGAAGAUUUUCUUGAGGAAGACAGGAAAAUAGCAAGUGAUGAUGAAAUUGAUACCAAGGGCUUUGUAGAACCAAAUGUAGAUCAGUUUGAUCAACUUUUGCCACAAUCUGUUCAAGAACCCGAACCCAAUGAGGAACAACUAGAAAUUAUAAGACAGAAUAGACUCAGGGCUGAAGCUAUUAGAAAAGAAAGGAUGUCCAGGAUUGGGGGUAUGUCAAGUCAAGUAUCAAAUUUCCAAAGUCAAAGUGAAAACCAUUCCAAUGAAGUUACAGAAGUACAUGUAGAGCAUGAACAAGAGUUGGGUUUAGAUAACGUGUUAGAUAUGAUAAAUGAAGAUGAUGAAAGCACAUCAGUAGUCAUUUCAAAAGUAGAUGAAGUUAAGCAGAAAAUUAUUGAAGAAAGAGUUUCUAAUGCUAUUAAACAAAACACUGUUGCUAGUGAUAGUGAAGAGGGAGAAGAAAAUAUAUCCCAGAAUGUAAGCAAAACACACAAGAAAAAUGCACUUGCCAGUAGUUCUGAUUCUGAAAACCAUAAUAGUGAUCAUGACACAAGCAUGAGUGAUAAUAGUGCAGUUUUACAGACAUCUUUGAUAGAAAAGAAGAACAAACGUGUUGCGAAAAAGAAGAUCAGAGUAAGUGACAGUGACAAUGAUUCUAAUCCAAAGCCUUCCACUUCGAAAGAUCAUUUGGUACCAAAAAAGAAAGCAAGUAGUUCACAAAGUCAAAAGUCCCAAAAGAAGAAAUUUGAUUCAAGUGAAAGUGAAAACGAAUUAAAUGAUUCAACAUCUUCUAAAACUAAGCAUAAUUUGCCAAGAAAUAGAAAGAAGAAAAAGAGUAAGGGUAAUAUAAACAAAUUGAGUAGCGAUAGUGAAUCAGGGAAAGAUUCCCCAAGAAAUAACAGGAAAAUAAUUAGUGAUGAAGACUCAGAUGAUACAAGUAGUAACUCAUCUUCUCAAAGAUCUCAUAGUUCACAUGAAAGUGGUAAGAAAAGGGCAGUGUUAAGUGAUGAUAGUGAUGUUGAAUCAGGGAAAAAAUCUCCAAGAAAUAACAGGAAAAUAAUAAGUGAUGAUGACUCAGAUGAUACAAGUAGUAGCUCAUCUUCUGAAAAAUCUAAUAUUUCACAUGAAAAUGGUAGGAAAAGGGCAGUUUCAAGUGAUGACAGUGAUAGAUCGUCCAAAAAUGUUAAUGGAAAACAUUCAGAUAGUGAUGUUGAAUCAGGGAAAAGUUCCCCGAGAAAUAACAGGAAAAUAAUAAGUGAUGAUGACUCAGAUGAUACAAGUAGUAGCUCAUCUUCUGAAAGAUCUAAUAUUUCAAAUGAAAAUGGUAGGAAAAGGGUAGUUUCAAGUGAUGACAGUGAUAGAUCGUCCAAAAACGUUAAUGGAAAACAUUUGAAUGGAGCUGAUAGUGAUUCAAAAAAUUCUCAAAUUAAUCCAAAGAAAAGAAGAAUCUUAAGUGACGACUCUGACAGUACAAGGGAUAGUUUGAUUUCUGAAGUUUCUGAUGACAAUAGAAAACGUGUUCAAAUAAAGAAAAAGAAAAGAAUAUUAACAGAUGAUACAGAUAGUAAGUUAUCUCAGAGUUCGUCAAAACCAAAUACAAAAGAUAUUUUGGAUAGUGAUGAUGAAUGUGUUACUGCUGUCCAACAUUCUCAAAGAAAAUCUACGAAAAAAAUUGUUUUAAGUGAUGAAGACUCUGGUGAUAUGAGUCAUAAUGUAUCUACUCAAAAUCCUUCUAACAAAGAAAACGAUUUGAAUAGUGACAAUCAUUCACAGAAAAAUGAAACAAAGACAAGAUCAAUCAUAAGUGAUGACGAAUUAGAUGAUAGUGAUAAUCUAUCCUCUCACAAACCUGAUAUGAAUACUACCUGUUCUGAGAACAACACCAAAACAAAAACUCUAAAUGAUGAAGACUCAAGCCAAACAACAGAUUCAUUGUCUCAUAUGUCACAUACAGACAGUUAACAGAUUUGUAGUUGAUGAUGUCUAAAUAUUGCAUCAAAUGAGGAAAAUAUCAAAGUGUAACAUUCAGAAACUACAAAGUGCUUGUAUUCAGUAAAAUAAAUUCCAUAUGAAGAGUGGAGAUAUACAGGGUGUCACAAAAGUAGCGGAACGGACGAAUAUUUUGCGAACUGAACAUCUGAUCGAAAAACUGAAAAAUAUGUGCUCAAUAAUUUUCAAAAAUCUAUCGAAUGACACCAAAUAGCACCCUCCACUCCAACCCUGGAGGUGGGGUGGGAGGUAACUUUAAAAUCUUAAAUGGAAACCCCCAGUUUUUAUUCUAGAUUUUGAUUCCCUAUGAAAAAAUAAGCAACUUUGAUUCUAGACAUUUUUUCGAGUUAUGAAUAGAUGUCGCUACAAUCAGAAAUAACGAUUUAUCGUGAUACCACAGGUAAAUUAUAGAAACAGUCUAAUAUCUCGAGAAAUACACUUCCAAAUGAAAAACUAAAAAAUACGUGUGUAAUAUUUUUCAAAAACCUAUCGAAUAACAUGAAACACCCAACCUCUACCCCCUGGAGGUUGGGUGGGGGGUAACUUUAAAAUCUUAAAUAGGAAACCCCAUUUUUUAUUGCAGAUUUGGAUUUGUCAUGAAAAAAUAAGCAACAUUUGUUCGAAACAUUUUUUAGAAUUGUUGAUAGAUAACACUAUAAUCAGAAAAAUACGAUUUAUUAGCGCCAUCUAUCAACAAUUCUAAAAAAUGUUUCGAAUAAAUGCUACUUAUUCUUUCAUGAGGAAUCCAAAGCUGCAAUAAAAAUGGGGGUUCCUAUUUAUAAUUUUAGAGUUACCCCCCACCUCGCCUCCAGGGUGUGUAUUUGGUGUCAUUCGAUAGGUUUUUGAAUAAUAUUAAACAAGUGUUUUUUGGUUUUUCAUUUCGAAGUGUAUUUGUCAAGACAUUAAACCGUUUCUAUAAUUUACCUAUGCUAUCACGAUAAAUCGUUUUUUCCGAUUAUGGUGCCAUAUAUCCACAAUUCGAAAAAAUGUCUUGAAUAAAAGUUACUUACUUUUACGUAAGAAAUCCAAAUCUGCAAUAAAAACAGGGGGUCUCUAUUUAACCUUUGUCGGGCGGCAUAGGUACAAUUGUAACUUUUGAGUUUUCAAAUUGUGAUAACUUUUUUUUUUCAAAGAGGUAGAGACUUGAACUUUUGUGACAUCUCUACAUUUAUCCAGUAGAUUAUGUGAGCCAAAUAUAACAAAAAAAUCUUCAUUUAAUUCCCAGCAGGCGGCUUAAAUAAUUCCUACCCCCAUAAACGACGGCAUAGGUACAUUUGUACCUUGUUUUUUUUUAAUAAAUAAUUUAAAAAAACAAUAUAUUUUGUAUUUAAAUGAUAGCUUAUUUGAAUCAAAAUACAAAAAUGAAUGUUAGUGUGGAUUUUCGCAACACAUACAUAUCGUUUUAGACAAAGAAUGUUCGUCACACACAGAUAAAAAACAUACUACACAAGUAUUUCUCGUUUUACGCUGUUUUUCUGCUCGUUUUGACAAAUAUGACAACUUCCGGUUACUGGAGUAGAUCCACGAAUGCUUUGAGAUACUUGAGGAGGAGUAUCUACAGCAAAUACAUACUCUGUUGCGACCAAGGACCAUUUCUACAGCACUACGAAGAAAAUGACUCCUCAACAUCAUCCGGUUUUUACUUUGAGAUUGAAAUUAAGGUAAUAUCUUUAGAAGGAUCCUUCAAAAAUUUCCUGCGUUAGUCCUUUGUUUUUUGUAAUGGAUUAUGCUCUCGAUCUAUAAUGUAGCAUGCUAAGCCAGUGAAGUCAAUCAUAUAAAAAAAGGCUGAGGGCCAACGCAAUGUUCGACAUAAAAUGCUGGGUGAGUAUUUAAUCAAAUAUUUACCCAGCAUAUUAUCCAUGUUACCAAUCCCGCUUUGGUCUUAUUGUAAUACUGGAUUAUUUCCGGCUUCGCUACUUCACUGUCUUCUACUUUUCCUGUCAUAUGCAUGGGCGAGAGUAACACUACUGCUUUGUUUUUCUUUGGCACAUAUACCUACCUAAGGGCAUACAGUAUCAACUGGAUUGUAUGCAAAAUUUGUGGAAAAACUAGCUCUUUCCUUGUUUGCUUGCACAUAUUGGUGAGUAGAAAUCUCUCAUUUCUUCUAACUCUGCCUACUAGCCCUAGUAACGUCAUGUGCCAUAAAUUCAAGAAUUUAGCGAAUUCAAUACUGGUAAAAAAGUUAUUUGUGGUAACAUUCUGUCCCUAACCUUUAUAAGACAUGAUCAGAUCUAAAACUGUUUGUUCGCCAACGUUAACUUCUCGGGAACCAUAUGCUGUUUUUCCAAUAUAAAGAUGAUCUUGUGUGAGCUUUGAUAUAUCACAAGCCAAAAACACUUUGAUCCCAUAUUUAGCGAGUUUGGAAGGUAUUGUGUAAAAUUUGUAAGGCCUCUAAAUGGACGCAAUUGUUAAUCGGUAGUUAUGCAUUUGGAUGGUUUGGAGCCUUGUUGCAAAUUUUUAUUCAGCAUUGUCUAGAUAUCUCGUAUGAGUGCAGCUUUAUCAGGUUUUUUGCGUUCUUCGCGGAUAUUUUCAUUGUCAAAUCAUAUAAAUCUUAGCAUGGUAUUGAAAGAAUUACAUGACAUUUGACAUUGCUGCAUGUAUCAUUGGCGGAUACUCUAUCAUCCUUACCUCGCACAAGUUUUCUUUGUUAUUUCUAUGUACACCUACUUUGUAGCCAUUUCGGUAUACCAGAUGUACCUAUAAUCACUAUUCAUGAUAAUUUUUAGGUAUACACGUAUUAGUAUAAGAGCUGUGAGACAUUUUUGAGUAGGUAUUUUAGGCAACCUGAAAUUUUUUCAGGUGACUCUUCUAUGAUAACCUAAUACAAAAAUGCCGGUCUGGCUGGAGGGUAGCGGUUAUUUUCCCCAAAAAUCCCCCCCAAAGUUAAAAAAGGGUAAAAAUUGUUAUAACAAAAAAUAUCAUUGAUAUGACUCGAAAGUAAAUUUCAAUAUUCAAAUAUACAGAAAAUAAACAGGCCAGGCAAUUUGAGGGCGAUUUUAACUCUGCAAGAUACUUGCAUGGACGCCCCAGGAUUAUUCUCAGGGGGUGCAUCUGAACUUCAGAAGAUUCCAUCUGAAUAUGUACAUACUAUUAACGAGCAUAAAAUAUACAACUAUACAUGCAUAGCUAUGUACAUUCCUUCCGGACAGGGAGGUGCAAUUGUUAUUUUGACAGGGUAUUUUUUAAUUUUAAAAAUAAAUAUUCUACAAAAGACAGGUUUUUUUUGGGGAAAUUUUCCAAUUGCCAUGUGAUCAAACAAAUUACGCGUGCAUAUAAAUGAAAACCGCUAUAAGUAAGCAGCAGUGUGAGAAAGAGCGUAUACCGAUAGCUAUUUGCGUCCUCUGCUGUAGUUGAGUGAGUCCGUUCGCUCGAGAAAAUCACGUGACCUGGCGAUAUCCAUGUUGUGCCUCGAAACGUUAAGAAAGAUGAAAAAUGCAAAAGAAAUACUCAACACUAUGAAGGAAAGAAAAAUGAGCUAAAAUAAAUAUUCAUUCUCUUGUCCUUCGUCAGACUCCCCUCGAGACUCAGAUUCUUCUACCUGAUCUGUAAAUAGUUGUAAUAUGUAUUUAGAAUUAAUGAAAAAUUACCAAUGCUUAAUACUUUCCUAUUAUAACCAAUCACAUCACGUUUUUUAUUUCUUAUUGUAGGUAUGACCAAAGUAGCUCAUGUUUCUUUCCUUCAUAGUGUUGAGUAUUUCUUUUGCAUUUUCAUCUUUAUUAAUGUUUCCGUGUUUGUUACGUGUGUCCAUGAUAUAUUUAACAUUAUUCGAUAACUCCACAUCUCAACAACGGCAAGUCUUUCUUCAGAUGCGCCCGUGAUUGUCCAGGCUUCGACUCCGUAUAAAAGGAUGGAGAAUACGUAGCAACUCAACUAGUUAAUCACUUAUUAUUUUUAAUUAAUUCUAAAUACAUAUUACAACUAUUUACAGAUCACGUAGAAGAGGAAUCUGAGUCUCGAGGGGAGUCUGACGAGGAAGAAGAGAAUGAAUAUUUAAGCUCAGCUGAGGAGUUUGAAGAAGAAGUACAAGAUUCGGACACAGAAUUAAUUUAGUUCAUAGUUUUAUACUUUUCUACCUAUAUAUUUAUAAUAUCUAAUAAAUUUGUCUUUUUCUAUCAUAUUUGCAAAAUCUAUUGUAUAGUACGUAUUAUUUUUCUUUAAUUAAAAAAAAGUUACUUAAAAAACUAUAAUAUAUUAUAAUAAAUACUCUAACAUUUCGAGGAACAACAACAUGGAUAUCGCUAGGUCACGUGAUUUUUCUGGAGCGAACGGACUCGCUCAGCUACAACAGAGGACGCAAACAGCUAUCGGUAUACGCUCUUUCUCACACUGCUGCUUACCUAUAGCGCUUUUCAUUUAUAGGCAAGCGUAAUUUGUUUGAUCACCUGGCAGUUGGAAAAUUUCACCAAAAAAAAAACUGUCUUUUUUAGAAUGUUUAUUUUUAAUAUUAAAAAAUACCCUGUCAAAAUAACAAUUGCACUUCCCUGUCCGGAAGGAAUGUACAUAGUUAUGCAUGUAUAGUUGUUUAUUUUAUACUCGUUAAUAGUAUGUACAGAUUCAGAUGAAAUCUUCUGAAGUUCAGAUGCAUCCCCUGAAAAUAAUCCUGGGGCGCCCAUGCAAGUAUCUUGCAGAGUUAAAAUCGCCCUCAAAUCGCCUGGCCUGUUUAUUUUCUUUAUAUUUGAAUAUUUAAAUUUACUUUAAAGUCACGUGAAUGAUAUUUUUUGUAAUAUCAAUUUUUACCCUUUUGUUUAACUUUGGGGGGGAUUUUUGGGGAAAAUAACCGCUACCCUUCAGCCAGAUCGGCAUUUUUGUAUUAGGCUAUCAUGGAAGAGUCACCUGGAAAAUUUUCAGGUUGCCUAAAAUACCUACUCAAAAAUGUCUCACAGCUCUUGGACCAUAUUGAUAAACACCAAACAACUAAAUGGGGAUGAGAUUUAUGUUUCCAAUUGAAAUACAAUACAAUGCUACUCUUCCUAGAAUUUGUUUACGACCACUAUUUUCAAAUUUAUUGUUGUAGUAAUUUAAACAAUUUACGAUAGAUAAGAGCGGUCACGUUAUAGCGGAUUCUAAUCUUUGUUUGUAAAUCCGUACAAGAACAAAUUAACGAAUAUUAUUAUUUAUUUAUUGCAAUAUUCAACAAUAUUCAACAAUUUUUUACCAGUUAUGCUAGUAAUAAAUAAUAUUAUCUUCAACUAUUUUAUUAUCUUAAAAUUAACAUAUAUUUCCCUUUAGAUUAACGAAUUUUUAAGAAAAUAUAUAACAGGUACAAUUGUACCUAUGCCGUCUGUUAACGGUGUAAAAUUAUGCCGCUCGACAAAGGUUAAGAUUUUAGGAGGAGUGGGGGGUCAUGUUUGGCGUCAUUCGAUAGAUUUUUGAAAAUUAUUGAACAUGUAUUUUUCAGUUUUUCCAUCAGAUGUUCAUUUCGCGAAAUAUUCGAUCGUUCCGCUACUUUUGGGACACCUUAUAUAAUGGGCCAAGUGACAAAUAUACACAAUCGAGAAAAAUGAGUUUUUAUCAGGAAACGGAACACUAUACUUAACGGUGGACGUUAUUUGUUGAAUUUAUUUAGAGCUGUUUCCAAUGCAACUGUCACUUGGCCCAUAAUACUGCAUAGGCCAUUAUAAUGGAAAAAACAGAAAUAUUGAUUUUUUGUCACUUGGUCCGUUAUAUAUUAUAUCCACUCUUCAUAUGGCUGAAUGAUCAGAAAAAAAUUACAGAUGUUUUAAGUAGUAUUAAAUAUAAAGAUAUUAAACAAAUGAGUUCUACACAAUUGUUUUAUGUUUUAAAUACAGUUUAUUUUAUCUUUAUAUACUUCUAUAAAUUAACACAGCAAUAUAAAAUCCAUAAUAUAAUAAUACUUAACAAGUUGUGCACAAAUCUGAUCAACAUUUUUCUUCAUCAUGUAUAUUAAGUGUUUUUCAAACUAUUUCGGUAUCUUGAAGUAGAGCUACAUAUAGAAGGGAAACUAUUUAUGUAUAGGAUGGAUUAAUUUUUUUAUGUAAAGUUUUUAGUACUUCGAUAUGUUUAGCUGUUACUGAACUUUAAGUGUAUUUACUCAAUUUUGUUUUAAAUCUAUGACUUAAAAUAAUUUUCCUAGGGUAGUUUAACUUUGACUGGUGGCAUUUUGUAUUUAAUUUUAGAGAAAGUUUUUAAUGUUGUUCUGAAGCUAUUUCCUUGUGGCAUUUUUAUAAUUACGUAUUUUUAUGGGAAAUAAGCCACAAUUUUACUAAAAAAUGAAUUUAUUAACGUUUCGAAGCCCAAAUCGGGUUUCGUUGUCAUUAAAUCGAAACGUUAAUAAAUUCAUUUUUUAGUAAAAUUGUGGCUUAUUUCCCAUAAAAAUACGUAAUUAGAAAGUUUUUAAUUUGUGAACAUUUUGCCAUUGUGAUAAUAUGAUGUAACUGGAUUAAAUUUGUGGUACUGGAGGUGUGGAAAAUUGCAAACUCAGACAAGAUCAAGCCAAGCGGUGUAACUUAAAUAUCAAAUCAAACGUGAAAUUGUGAAAAUAAACAUCAUCAUUCCUCAACCUCUUGCGUCCACUGUUGGAUAUAGGUCUCCUCUAUAUUCUUCCAUUGUUCCUCUAUAUUGUGCCUUCUGUAUCCAAUUUCCCACUGAUUUUCUCAAGUCAUCCAUCCAUCUUUUUGGUGCUCUACCUCAGUGUUUUUUAUCUUCUCUAGGUCUCCAUUCUAUGAGCCUUUUGGUCCACCUAUUAUCAUUUAAACGUGCUACAUGUCCAGCCCAUCUCUGUUUGGCCUGUGCAAUUUUUUCUAUGACAUCUGUCACUUUAGUCCUCUUUCUCACUAUCCUCUUUGGUACCAUAUCUCUUCUUGGUAUUCCCAGCAUUGCUCUUUCCAUUUUUCUUUGGGUUAUUCUCAAUUUAUUUGCAGAAUGUUUAGUCAAAGUUAUUGUUUCGGAACCAUAUGUUAUUACUGGCAGUAUGCAUUGGUUGUAAACUUUUUUCUUCAAACAAAAUGCUGCCCAUUCGAAGCCUAUAUGACGCUAAGGGCGGUUGUUUGAACGCUAAUCAACAUUGAUCACUAUCAAAUACUUAAUUACUGUCACAACUGUCAAUUUCAACUUUGGUUGGGUUGCCGAAAACAUAAUUAUUGAUGACAAUUAUGAAAUUAGUUAAUCAAUUAUGUUAAUAAUUAUUAUGUUAAUUGACUAACUAAUCUCAUAAUUAUAAUUAACUAUGUUUUCAGCAACCCAACCAAAGUUGACAUUGACAGUAAGUAAAUAUUUGAUAGUGAUCAAUGCUGAUUAGCGUUCGAACAACCGGCCUUAAGUCUCACAAGUUUGAUUAUCUUUUCCUAUUCUAAUUUCAUUAAAAUCCUGAUGUACUUCUUGCCCACCUACUCUCAUAACAUCACUUGGAAAUAAAUUGGUCAUGUAUUUUGUUUUUUGAAACUUUAUGUUCAGGCCUACUUGUUCUAUUACCUGUUUUAGUUCUUCCACCAUUUUGUGAGCUUCAUUUAAACUCUCGGCUCAGAUAUUCACCAUCAAUAUUUAUUCCUUUAAAUAAUUGAUGGAUUCGACUGUUACUUGAUGGAAGUUCAUUUUAUCUAACAAUAAAACACUGAAAACGUUUUGUUUUCUAUCCUUCCACAAAAUUUAUUACAACUUUGUGACUACAGCUGUUUCGGCAGAGUGCCUUUCUCAAGUGAUUUAGAUUACUAUGGGUUUGCCUUUUUAAAGUCUUUAACUGAAGAGGUUGAGGAGUGGGGAGCUGUUUGUCUCGAGUUGGUCAUUCAGAAUUAUAUCUGUAUUUUUCAAUUUAUUAAUUUCCAUAGAUUCUAAUAACGAUAGCUUAAGGCCUUUAUUUUGAAUAUGCAGAAUUUGAAACUGUUCAUUAAAAGAAUGAUUAUAAUCUAGAAGGUGAAGUGCGUAUGUAGAAGUGUCUGUUUUUCUAUUGUUGAAAGCCCUUUUGUGUUCUGCUAUCCGUUUGUCAAAGGUUCUGCCCGUUUGCCCGAUGUAAGUUUUCGGACAGUCGCCACAAGUUAGUUUUUAAAAACCACUCUGUAGUUGUUUUCUCUUUCGGCUCUUAUUGUUCUUAAUAUAUUUGCUUAAGUUGUUGUUAGUUCUGAAAACUUUUGUUAUUCCUUUCUUUUUGAUGUAUCUGGCUAUUUUUGUUGUUAUCUUGCCAGUAUGCGAUAGAGCAGAAGGUACUGGGUUCUUUCUGUGGUGGUGGAUAGACUAAUUUCAGGGCUUUCUUAUGGAGUUUUUGGUUUAAAAUUUUGUUAAUUGUAUAUGCUCUAUCACAUAUACUGGCAAGAUAACAACAAAAAUAGCCAGAUGCAUAAAAAAGAAAGGAAUAACACCAGCUUUCAGAACUAACAACAACUUAAGCAAAUAUAUUAAGAACAAUAAAGAGCCGAAAGAGAAAACAACUACAGAGUGGUGUUUACAAACUAACUUGUGGUGACUGUCCGAAAACUUACAUCGGUCAAAUUGGCAGAACCUUUGGCAAACGGAUAGCAGAACACAAAAGGGCUUUCAACAAUAGGAAAACAGACACUUCUACAUACGCACUUCACCUUCUAGAUCAUAAUCAUUCUUUUAAUGAACAGUUUCAAAUUCUGCAUAUUCAAAAUAAAGGCCUUAGGCUAUCUUUAUUAGAAUCUAUGGAAAUUAAUAAAUUGAAAAAUACAGAUAUAACUAUGAAUGACCAACUCGAGACAAACAGCUCCCCACUCCUCAACCUCUUCAGUUAAAGACUUUAAAAAGGCAAACCCAUAGUAAUCUAAAUCACUUGAGAAAGGCACUCUGCCGAAACAGCUGUAGGCACAUAGUUGUAAUAAAUUUUGUGGAAGUAUAGGAAGCAAACGUUUUCAGUGUUUUAUUGUUAGAAUAUUUAUUUUAGCCCAAUACAGUUUUUUAAAUGUAUAUUCCAGAGCUGCAGUAAAUAGUUAAGGGGAGAUGGUGUCGCCCUGUCUAAUUCCUCGCUCAAUUCUAUAUUUAAGCUUAGUUUAUUUGUGGAAAUAAACAAUGCUCUAUAAAAUAAAGUUUUCCAUGUCCUUUCCCCUAAUCCUAAAAAUGGCUAUUGUCAUGGAUAGAUUCUGAUUGAUUUCUAAUAAGUAUUUUAUGAUCAUGGUCUCGCUUAUAACACUUUCUGUCUUUUUUCAAGCAAGCCUUUACCUGGAUCUAGUAAGCAUUUGGUGAUCAUACUGUAGAGUCAUUGAAAAAACGGUAAGGUUGUGUGCAAAAAUUGGGACAAGGUUUCAGAUUUUAGCUGCUUGGGCAGAAUGAAAUUUUCAUAAACUAAUGUAUUGAGACAUUUAUUAUUUACUUGAAGAUACUCUUCUUUACUGAAAAAUCAUUGUAUAAAAUUUAAAUACUUAUAUGUAUUAUUUUUUAUGUAUACAUUUAACCCAAGAUUAUACUUAUUAUUUAUUUAGCCUACAAAAAGAUGUGGUAGUGCAAAACAUUUAUUUUAAAUGACAGCACCGCAUUACAAGUGCUGACUGUAAACCGCCAAAAAUACUUCGAAUAAGUGGAAGUGUUACAAAAUUUACAAAUGUUCAGUAAUCUAGGGUUAAAUAAUUACAAAAUAAAGAUUUGAACGUGGAGUGAUAUUUUUGUACUCGAGCCCCCUUCCCAUGUCAGUUGAUCCGACGUUACAUUGAAAAGAAAAUUAAAUUUUAUAGAACAAAAACAAAAGUUUAAUUUGCCAAACAACAUUUUGGAUUUCCUUUAAAAACAUAAAUAUGUAUUUUAAAUUAAUGAAAACAAGUAACUAUACAAUAACAGCCAAUUAAAAAAUGCAUAGAAUAUGUAAUAUUAACAAAAAAAAAUGCGAAAGUUACCACUUAGUGACAUCCCUUUUAUUUUUAACUAUAUCCACAAUUCUUUACGGUAUGGUUCAUACCAAGUUCUGCCAAAAUUCUGUUGGAAACGUAUACCAUUUUUCUUGUAAUUUUUGCUUCAAUUCGUUGGCAGACCUAGCAGGAUGUUUCCUCAGUGCUUAUUUAAUUUUCUAUGUUUUGUGACGACUAAACCUGUAGUUUUGUAUCUUCGGAAUAUAUUUAUUACACUAUACCGUAACAAUUGCAGCAUAUUCGCGAUUUCCGACUUGGAUUUUCCAGAAUUAAAGAAUCUAAUAAUGAUUGAAGAAAUUUUCUCAUUGAUAAUUUUACCUCGGCCAAUUUAAAACUGACAAAAGCAAUAAGCUUUACAAUAUCAUAAAAUACAUUUUCCAUUAAUUGAAAAUUGUUUUAAUGUCGUUUUUCCACAGCUACCUCUGGUUUUAAGGAAAUUAUAAAAAAAUCAACCAAUGUUGAUGUAGGUGAAUGAAAAGUCAAGAGGUUUGUUCAAACUCGAUACAAAACCGUUCUUGAAUCGUUACGCGUACGCGCAAUACGGUUGUGUAUCGAGUUGAAAAAAACCUAAGAUUUUUAGCGAUUUGUGUCCUUAUUGUUGAAAAUGUCAACUGGCGUGGGAAGAAGCUCGUAAAUAUUUUAGGUAUGUUAUUAUUUUAUAAAUAAAACACUUAUAAAAGUAUAAUAUAAUUUUAUUAAUUAAAUCACAUCUUUUUUACUAAAACUAAUAAUAUGUACAAUUAAAGCACAGUAUGUAACAUUG